AAUGAGGAUUUGUUUCCCGAUGGAUUCCCUUCCCGCCCAGGGUCCGCUCUCGCCGGUCGAGGGUGCCUAACAAUACUCCUUGCCACACGGUUCGCAGCUGAAAAGGUCCUUCAAGUCCGGCCAUCCAACUUUCACUUUUUAUAGACAAAUAUACAGAGGCCUUAGAUAAGUGAAAUGGCUUGUCUCGGGUUACAGCUCCGGGCAACACAGGGUUUCUGACGGUCAGUCUGCGGAUUUUCCUGCCUCUGGUCCGCAGGCACUGCCCAAGCUAUCAGCCCCAAACCCUGCUCCGGGGACCGCGGUCAGGUUCGUCUCUGGGCGGACUACAUCUCCCAGAAUGCCUUGGGCCCAGCCUCCCUCCUGCCGCCCGGCUGGGUGCCGUCUCCACCAAUAGAAAGGCAUAAUUUCCAGGGCCGUUCUCGGCAGCCAAUGAGCGCGGCGGUGGGCGGGCCUCUCCCGUCCAUUGUUCUCGGUGCCCCACGGGCUUGAGCCGGGGUGAAUCUGGAGGGGCCGGUCCGAGCCCAGGGGCUCUUUUUCACGCGAAGCAGCCGCUAGAGCAGUACCUGGUCUCCCGAGAGCGGGACUACUUGUUGAUAUUUGACAAGGGAAGUGUCUUACCUGAGAGCCUGGCUGGAGAAGACUUGAGUCCAAGGCUUGAAGCCUAAGUGAUUGCCCCAGGACUGUGGAUGAUGGCUGCAGAGAUCCCGAGAGUGACCACUCCGCUGAGCCCCUUGGUCCAGGUGCCUCAAGAGGAAGAUAGACAGAAGGAGGAGGUCACCACCAUGAUCCUGGAGGAUGACUCCUGGGUGCAAGAAGCUGUGCUGCAGGAGGAUGGCCCUGAGUCUGAGCCCUUUCCCCAGAGUGCUGGCAAGGGCAGCCCCCAGGAGGAGGUGACCAGGGGACCACAGGGUGCACUCGGCCGCCUCCGAGAGCUCUGCCGGCGCUGGCUGAGGCCAGAGGUACACACCAAGGAGCAGAUGUUAACCAUGCUGCCAAAGGAAAUUCAGGCUUGGCUGCAAGAGCAUCGGCCUGAAAGCAGUGAGGAGGCAGCGGCCCUGGUGGAAGACUUGACCCAGACCCUUCAGGACAGUGAUUUUGAGAUACAGAGUGAAAAUGGGGAGAACUGUAAUCAAGACAUGUUUGAGAAUGAAUCACGUGAGAUAUUCUCGGAAAUGCCUGAAGGUGAAAGUGCUCAGCACUCCGAUGGGGAAAGUGACUUUGAGAGAGAUGCUGGCAUCCAGAGGCCCCAGGGACACACCCCAGGCAAGGACCACGGGGAGGUGCUCUCUCAGGACAGGGAAGUUGGCCAGCUCAUAGGCCUGCAGGGCACCUACCUAGGGGAGAAGCCCUACGAAUGUCCCCAGUGUGGGAAGACCUUCAGCCGGAAAUCCCACCUCAUCACACACGAGAGGACCCACACAGGAGAGAAAUACUACAAAUGUGAUGAAUGUGGAAAAAGCUUUAGUGAUGGUUCAAAUUUUAGUAGACACCAAACCACUCACACUGGGGAGAAGCCCUACAAAUGCAGAGACUGUGGGAAGAGCUUUAGCCGGAGUGCCAACCUCAUAACCCACCAGAGGAUCCACACCGGGGAGAAGCCCUUCCAGUGUGCCGAGUGUGGCAAGAGCUUCAGCAGGAGUCCCAACCUCAUUGCACAUCAGCGCACCCACACGGGAGAGAAACCCUACUCGUGCCCUGAGUGUGGAAAAAGCUUUGGCAACCGAUCCAGCCUUAACACGCAUCAGGGGAUCCACACUGGAGAAAAGCCCUAUGAAUGUAAAGAAUGCGGCGAAAGCUUUAGUUACAACUCCAACCUAAUCAGACACCAGAGAAUCCACACAGGAGAGAAACCCUACAAAUGUACCGACUGUGGGCAGAGGUUCAGCCAGAGUUCAGCCCUCAUUACCCACCGGAGAACCCACACAGGAGAGAAACCCUACCAGUGCAGUGAGUGUGGGAAAAACUUCAGCCGCAGCUCCAACCUGGCCACACACCGGAGAACCCACAUGGUGGAGAAGCCCUAUAAGUGUGGGGUGUGUGGAAAGAGCUUCAGCCAGAGCUCCAGUCUGAUUGCACACCAGGGCAUGCACACAGGGGAGAAACCCUACGAGUGCCUGACGUGUGGGGAGAGCUUCAGCUGGAGCUCCAACCUCCUCAAGCACCAGAGGAUCCACACGGGAGAGAAGCCCUACAAAUGCAGCGAGUGUGGGAAAUGCUUCAGCCAGCGCUCCCAGCUCGUAGUGCACCAGCGGACCCACACGGGCGAGAAGCCCUACAAAUGCCUCAUGUGCGGCAAGAGCUUCAGCCGGGGCUCCAUUCUGGUCAUGCACCAGAGAGCCCAUUUGGGAGACAAGCCCUACAGGUGCCCUGAGUGUGGGAAAGGCUUUAGCUGGAACUCAGUCCUCAUUAUACAUCAGCGAAUCCACACUGGGGAGAAGCCCUACAAAUGCCCCGAGUGUGGCAAAGGCUUCAGCAACAGCUCUAACUUUAUCACACAUCAGAGAACUCACAUGAAAGAGAAACUUUAUUGAAGUGGCAAAGAGUGAAAGUGAGGGACUGGCCUGGAGUGGGAGUUGCCACACUGCCCCAACAGUGAUUCCCUUUCAAAGAGCUGUGCUUCCUAAACAUUCUGGGGGGUUUUGCCAGAACCUUCCCCUUGCUCAUCCUCAUUUCCAGGACACUGUCAUUUUAGUGGUCUGAGUCAAGUCCCGUGUACGUUCAAGAACAGAGCAUAGGAGUGGAAGGUCUGGAAAGUUGGGUCUUUUUCCCUUACAUUGGGUGACUUGAUUGGCCCUGUCUCUCGUGAUUCCUCUGUGCCUCAGUUUCCUCUUUGGUAAAAUGGGGGGAAAUGUUUCUCCAUGUGGAAUGGAAGACAGCAUGGCCCACAAUGUGGGCCGAGUCCUCAGAGAAAUACUGGAAAUCA